AUGACACCCUCCAGACCGAAUCAGCAUGUCUGCAACUCGUUGGCCGUCAAGUCGGGAGGCCAGUCCGUCGAAGGUGAAAGUGAAUCUGUCCAGCCGCCCACCCGGAGCUUGGUCGAGAACCAUGCCCCGUCCUCUCGACCGCCCGAGCCCUCGACGUCCAAGGAUGGCCUGCGACAGUCCUUCGGCGGCAACCGCUUCCUGCGCGACACGCCCGGCUCGACUCCCGAAGGAGCACGAUCAGCCUCUACGAGCCCUUUCAGACUGUCCAUGCCCAUGAUUUCGCCGGGCCAAUUGGCCUUCUCCGCCGUGCAAUUCCUGCCCGUGCCCGUGCUGGUUCUGAACAAUUUGAAGACUGUCGUGUUGGCGAACGAAGCUAUGGGAAAGAUGCUGGGCCUGCUUGGCGAUUCAUCCCAAGGUCGAGACGAUGGGCCUACUGUUUCCGACCAGCUUCGAGGGCAGACGCUGUCUCAGGUCGGUGUCGACGUUAUACAUAAUGGCAAACCGGUGUGGAUUGCUUGGGACUCGUUCUUGGACGGCCUGGUAGUCGAGAUGGGCUCGAGACAGACAGACAACGCCUCCGAUUCCACCCCUGAAUGCGCUCAGGGUGAGUCGACGCCUACGCUACAAGGCCCAAGCACAAACCCGACCGCUGGUAAUACGGGUAAAAUAGCAGCCGACUCAGCUGUUGACGUUGUUGUCAUGUUCAAAAACUACGACAAGACGACUGUUCCCAAGUCACGACGAUCUGAAUAUCAGACCUUUGCUAGGCUGAUCAUCUCAAUAUGGGAGGUCGAGAAUGACCAGACCUACUUUACUUUAACUUUCACCAAUGCCGAGGCCGCCGUACCCCCUGUCUCGGAAACUCAUAUAUCGUUGGCUCGGUCCUCCACACUCGAGGCCAUCGAUCGCAGGUCCAUACCCAACUCGAAUCCCCCCUCCGUCGGCUCGAGUCACGACUCAAAUUCGCCUUCUUUCUUUCUAAGCCCUGGAUCAGUCUCUGUCUCCUCGAGUCCUUUUCCCCCCACGGGUCCGCCGGCUCGCCUACUCCAUACAAACACCCCAUCGUAUCUCCAGAAAGUUACCAUCAUCAAGGAUGCUCUCCUGGACAAUACGGAGAUGCCAAUCUUGGCCAUGUGGAGAGAUGGCAGUGCGCCCGUCUUUAACCGGGCUGCUCGGAAGCUCUUCAUGAAUAGCCAGGGGACCGAUACCGUGAAUGGGUUCGAGUUGUUACCAAAGUGGGAAGUUUGGGAUGAGGACUUCGUCACGAAAUACGAGGCGUCCGAAUUCCCCAUCGCAGUUCUGUUGAGGGAUCUGAAGCCUUUUUCUGGCUGGCGGGUUGGUAUGCACAACAAAGACACCGACAAGAGGAUUGUGUUUGAUAUGCUGGGCGAGGUCAUCACGGAUGACCAGACAGGCGAGGUUGUGGGAGGCGUGGUAACGUGCCGGGACGUGACUACCAUGGCUCAGGAGAUCAUCAAGAUCAAGGAGGCCGAAGAGGAAAGAUUCAAGCUCAUAUGCGAUACCAUGCCUCAAAUGGUAUGGACGACGACUCCUGACGGCAUGCAUGAUUUUUUCAACAACCGGUGGUACGACUACACGGGUUUGCCGCCGGAGGACUCCCUGGGUCUCGGCUGGAAGCACCCGUUCCACCCAGACGAUAUGCCUAGCACCGUGAAGAGGUGGAAGCGAAGUCUAGCUACCGGAGAGCCCUACUUCACCGAGUACCGUUGCCUCAGCAAAGAAGGCGAGUGGAGGUGGAUGCUGGGGCGCGCACUGCCAUUAAAAGACAGAGAGACCGGGAAGAUUGAGAAGUGGUUCGGAACCUGUACCGAUGUCCACGAUACCAUGCAAGCGAAAUUAACGGCGAAACAAACCAAAGCACAACUACUGAGCGUCCUCACGCACGCGCAAACAACCAUGUUUUGUGUAGACCGUGAUCGAAGGGUUACCAUGUUGGAAGGCGCGCUGAUAUGGGACGACGGCAAAGACAGCAGCACUGCGGAUAGCGACUCCAAUCCUGAUUCGCAAAGGUAUAUCGGGCGCAAUGUCGACGAGGUCUUCAAUGAUCUGAAUCCACGGCUGCGGCGAGGCGAGGCCCCAGCUUUCCUGAAACCAGUGCGAGAGAUUCUAGCUGGCAAGGACCUGAAGAAUACGGUUCAUGAGCAUGAGAUAGACAAACAUUUCUUCCGCACGAGAUUUCUACCUCUGGUCGAGAACAAAGCCAAGGACGGCACAUCCAGCAGCCCGGUCAUUGAAGGCGUCAUCGGCGUUAUCAUGGACGUGACUGAACUGAAGGAACGGGAACAAGACCUGAAAGUGCAGGUCAAGGAGAAACGGCUCCUAAAGGCCAACGAAGCAGCAGCUAAAGAAGCAAGCCGGUUGAAGAGCCAGUUCCUUGCCAAUAUGUCUCAUGAGAUUCGUACGCCGAUAACCGGUGUGAUCGGUAUGGCUGAGCUGCUUCUUGACAUGGAUUUGGGCGAUGAGCAGCGCGAAUAUGCCGAGAACAUCAGCCGAUCUGCCAAUGCUUUAUUGACUGUCAUCAACGAUAUUCUGGAUUUUUCCAAGGUUGAGUCGGGCAGACUCGAUAUUGAGGAGGUACAGUUCUCCUUGUCCGUGGUGGUGCGAGAUGUCUCCAAGAUGUUGAGCUUCGCGGCCGAGAGGAAAAACUUGACCUUCCAUUCAGACAUCUCCCCAGACAUUGAGAACGAUCUUGUUGUCCUCGGCGACCCGGGCCGCGUUAGGCAAAUCAUCACCAACCUCCUCACCAACAGCAUCAAGUUCACCAAUACCGGAUAUGUAAAGUUUUCGGUCUGGAAAGAGAAAGAGACGAAUGAUACGAUCGAUAUUAGAUUUGUCGUUGAGGACACCGGUAUAGGUAUCGAUGAUAAUGUUCGAAAACGCUUGUUCCAACCUUUCAGUCAGGGCGACCCUUCGACGGCUAGGAAAUUCGGAGGGACCGGUCUGGGGCUCACAAUAUCGAAAAAUCUUCUCGACCUCAUGCGAGGCAGAAUCGCCUUGCAGUCAUCCGUCGGCAACGGCACAACAGCAACCUUUUGGAUACCGUUUAUCAAGCCCCAGACCCCACAGAAGGCGUCACUGGUCGAAAUUGGACUUCUGCCAGAUCGGCUGCAAUCCGAGAUGAGUGUCUCAUGCAACAGUUCAGAACACGAGCAUUACCCGGGCACACCACCGGGCGAGAUGCUACAAGCUCCAUAUGAUAGAUCAAAGCACCCCAGGCGGCAGCGAUCUCUGCAACUGCCAUCGCCCUUUUCCCUGGAAAACGAAGAUAUGCCCAUGUCAGAGCGUGCCAAGCUUCAUGUCCUUGUGGUCGAAGACAAUGCUAUCAAUCAGCAGAUCGCUACCAAGACAAUCAAGAAGCUGGGUUUCAGCGUAAGCGCGGUCUGGAACGGCAAGGAGGCCCUUGAGUACAUCGAAUCGUCCAGGGCCGGGGAAAAGCCCAAGCCCGGCGUUAUCCUCAUGGAUGUGCAAAUGCCAGUGAUUGAUGGCUAUAGAUGCACGCACAUCCUGCGACACCAUACCCCGUACAAGGUCUUUACGAAUGACAUACCCGUUGUGGCCAUGACAGCAUCUGCAAUCCAGGGCGACAGAGAGAAAUGCACAAAGGCUGGUAUGGAUGACUAUCUCGCCAAGCCUGUCAAGAGCAACACAUUGGAGAGGAUGCUGGUAAGAUGGGGCAGGAUGUCCAGAAGACAGGCAACCUCGACGCCCUACUCCACCAGCGCGCCACUUUCGGACUGUUCCGAGUCGGUAGAUCACUGUGUCAGUAACGACAUACCCUCUUUCGGUCAUGCUCUCGACGUUGCAGCACAAACACCGGAGGAACGCUCGACGGCUGGCGACUCGGAUGGUCAAGAUGAGUUUCCUCUCAACUUACUGACGCCCAAGCCUCUAUUACGGACUGGCUCGCACGAAAGGGAGGCAUUUCCCUUUGGGGUGGCCCCAUCAGCCAGGCAACUCGAUAGUAACGAAUUGGCCAUGCAGCUUCGAGACGACAGGCUUCUCGACGCGGCCGGCGCUCCUUCAAGCACGGCCAAACCUACCAAUCACACGAUGCAGGCUGCACUCCAGGAAGGUGACAGUUUAACAGAGGAAAACGUGGAGAAGCUGGAUAAGCUCGACAAGCAGCGGAGAGGAUCGGCCUUGCUGAUGUAA